GCAAUCGAGAGAUGGGAUCCAUCAUACAUGGGUACCUGAAGCUCAGGAGCUCAUUUUUGGCGACGGGAGAGCUGGGAUCAUGGGCGAGGCCAUGACGUAGAAUUUGGGUUCAAAAUAACGCUUGUGUUCUACUCAGUGUAUGCGUCUCAUGCACCACGUGGGAGAGAGGGAUGGUGCGGCAGCGAUGAAUAUUUUCUUUGCCCUCGUUGUAGUAGGAGGAGGUUUUGUCAUGUUCGCGAUCAGGAGCAAGUCGUUCUACCUCCUCAAAAAGCAGCUCGUAGAUUUCGAAGAGAGUGUGAACGCUCAGCUAAACGCUCAGCACGCCCAGCUUAACGCUCAGCACGCUCAGAUAAACGCCCGACUUGAGACGGUGGCAACGGGCUGAUCACUCAGAAAAUGGGAGCUUUUGUCGGUUAGAUCACGGGUGAUGAGGGUGUUUAGCCGACUGGUAGCUUUUGAACCGAUAUUGUGACGGUUCAACCAUAGAUGAAGCGUUUUUUGUCUGUUGUGAGGGUCAACAAGCUUGUGGAUUUAACUAGACAGAGGCAAAAGCUGCGGAAGUUGGGCUAGGCGCCGACCUAGAGACAUGCACCGAACC